CUAUUCUUUUCUUUUCCCCAAUGUCUUCUCACGAAAUUCAAGAUAUCGAGACCAAGUAUGAAACGACCAAGGUUACUACUCCUAUUGUAGCUGCACCUACCAUUGCCAAUCCUGGUCCAUUGGGUCUUUGUGGUUUCGCUUUGACCACCUUUGUUUUGUCUCUUCAUAAUGCCGGUGCUGGUUUACCUGCCACAAGUCCACACGGUGUGGUCACUGGUCUCGCCUUCUUUUAUGGCGGCUUAGUUCAACUCUUAGCUGGUAUGUGGGAAUUUAAGACGGGAAACACUUUUGGUGCGACCGCAUUCUCGAGUUAUGGUGGUUUCUGGUUAUCCUUUGGUAUGAUCUUUAUUCCUGGUGCCAACAUCACCGGAAGCUAUGGUGGAAAUACUGCCAUUUUGGAAAAAUCACUAGGUUACUACUUGCUCGGAUGGACCAUCUUUACGGGUAUCAUGCUUAUUGCUUCUCAUCGCUCCUCUGUCGGCCUCGUCUCCCUCUUCUUCUUUUUAUUCAUCACUUUUAUCAUGCUCACAGCUGGUAAGCUCAAUGAAUCCAUCAAUUGUCAAAUUGCCGGUGGUGCAUUAGGUGUCGUGACUGCAUUCAUUGCUUGGUAUAACGCCCUUUCUGGUCUGCUUACCAAGGACUCCUCUUACUUUACUUUACCCAUCGGACGCAUCAACUAAUAUCUCUCUCCCCCCCUCCUUUUUUUAAUCUUUUUUUCCCUCUUCUUUACUUACUAAAUAAAUACUAAUAAUAAUUAUGCAAAUUCAUCUUUUUCCUGCAUUCAAAAAUAUAGGGG